AUGCAGCAACACACCGUAUUACCGUCGCGGAGACGCCUUAUGAGGCGUGUACUGCAGCAGGGUGCCUCUGGCCGCGACAUGCUGCGCCAUCUAGCGACGCCGCCUGGAAGUCCACGCAUGGCGCGUGUGAAUUUAUUUCAGGAAAUAAGCGCGUUCAGCGAUCACUUCAGCAAAGGCGUCCUCGUUGUCACAUAUCUUUUGGCGGUGUGCAUAGCCGGGAACUUCAUUGGGGCCGGAAUACGUGACCAAGUCAUCUCCAGGUCAAGUUCUGUGCGGACGUAUCAAGGCUUUCUGGACGAGGAUAGCGUGUCGCCUUUCGCCAAGAUAUCGUGCCUGUGCCUAUUACCGACCUUCAAGGAAGCGGGGAGGAAAGAGAAAUCCAAGCUGCAAAUCCCACACCUGCGAAGAGGAGUGCGCUGCAAGCGUUUGGUACAUGCUCUCAUGUCACGGCUGCCCAGAGGGCGCACACCUCGAUCGCCGAAGACAGCAUUCCUGCGGCGUGCGUUCUGCGUGCUGUGGAUCGACGUACUGCGCACGCUGCUCACCACUGCGGCCUACUACUUCUGCAUAUACGCAAGGGUUCCUGCUCUCGAGUGAGUAUAAACGCAGCUGUCAACCUUAUAACAUGAAAAAUAGCACCGUCGAAGUCAGAAACGCGAGGAGUUAGAUAAAUAUACUAAAAUUGCGUGUUUUCUCAACACUGUUCAGUUUCAGUUUAUUCGUGAUUCAAAAAACAAUGAGUGAACAACAAAUAGUGUGCAGACGAGGGU